AUGAACGACCCCGACACCCUCCCCCCCAUCGACCUCCCCUCCCCUCCUACCACCAUCCUCACCUUGACCAAAUUCCACGCCACCCUCGCCACCCUCCUCCUCGCCACCACCACCACCGCCGACCGCCACGUCGCGCUGGUCAGCGCCCUCGCCUACGUCCACUUCUGGAGCGCCACCCUCGGCUUCGCCUGGUGGCCCGUGUUUCAUGUCCUGUGUUUGGGGCUGGUCGGGGCGUUGGUCGGCGAUAUGGUGCUGGUGGGGUUGCGGGUUGUGGAGGAGGGGGUGGUGGGUGGUGUGGAGGUUGGUGGUGUUGGGGGGGAGAAGGGGGGUAGGGGUGGUGGUGGUACUGGCAAUGGCUAUGGCUGGGUUUGGGGCUUGGAUCAGUUGGUGGGAGUGGCGGCCAUGGUUGUGGUUUCUGGGCCGCUCGGGCUUCUGGUCAUCAUCCUCUGCCCGGGUAUAGGCUGGUAUCUGCGCCGUGCCACCAGGGUUCUCAAGUGGGUAUUUCCGUAUACCGCCUCUGCUCUUUGGUUCAUUCUGAAGUGGCUGCUCCAGGAGUCUACGGGUGGUGUUGGUGUGGUUCUUCUGGGCGGUCAGGGCUAG